UCUGAUCACCCAAGAUGUCGUACCUGCAAAAGGAAAUCGUCAAGUCCAAGACUAAAAAUAUGCCUACUCCAGCUAGUUUGUCAUCAAAAUUGUUGCAACAUAAAGGCCAAGGUCACAAAAGAGAUUACGAACCUGUUUCUUGGACCCAGUACUUUAGUGAAAGAAAAACUAUCGUCAUCAAUGAAGAUACGUUUCAUGUGUAUAUUCAAGGAACUGAGGGUCCUUUAUUGGUAUUGUUACAUGGCGGAGGCUACAGUGCUCUAACGUGGUCUCAGUUCACAAAAUCAGUAAUGAGCUUGGUCACAUGUCGAGUAAUGGCAGUUGAUCUGCGAGGACAUGGAAGUACCACUACAACUAAUGAUGAUGAAUUGUCAAUUGAAAUAUUGGCAGCAGAUACAGCUCAUGUAUUAGAAGCGAUAUCAGAGAAUCAACCAGUGGUUUUGGUUGGUCACAGUCUAGGAGGUGCAGUUGCAGUAAGAACAGCACCACUCGUUUCUAAUGUCGUUGGUGUUGUUGUAAUCGAUGUAGUCGAAGGCACAGCGAUUGACGCACUUAGAUCCAUGCAAGGUUUUUUGCGUUCCCGUCCAUCAUCGUUUUCAUCCAUGUCCAAGGCAAUAGAGUGGUGCGUACGCAGUGGACAAAUAAGAAAUUUACAUUCUGCAAAGGUUUCUGUACCAGGACAAAUAAAAAAUGUUGCCACUGGGACUUUAGGGACAGAUGAUCUAGAAUCUGAACCAACAACUGAUACCAAUACAAAUGUCAACUCUGCUCCACUAGGUGGUCCAAUGGAAAAUACAACAAUCAAGUCUGACAAGUACACAUGGAGGAUAAAUCUAGCUAAAACAGAGCAAUACUGGAAUGGAUGGUUUCAUGGACUGUCAUCUGCAUUUUUAGAAUUAUCAGCUCCCAAGAUGCUCCUUCUCGCUGGUGUUGACAGGUUGGACAGGGAGCUGACUGUUGGUCAAAUGCAAGGGAAAUUUCAGUUACAAGUUCUAACAGCCUGUGGUCACGCGGUGCAAGAAGAUGCACCUGAAAAAGUGGCAGAGGCAGUAGCCACUUUUCUAGUUAGACAUAAGUAUGCAGAGCCUACAUCAGAAUUCACUUGGACGGUGCCAGCUUGUUGAAUAAAUAUUUUUUUUUAAAAUCUUGUUCGAUUUUUAAGUGUGCACUUACAUUUUUCAGUGUAUAAAGUUCGGUGAUGAAUAUUUUUCAGUUGGAAUUUCUUCACAUAAAUAUAUUCCUCAAUCAGCAAUUGAUUAGCAUUUUGAUGAAAUAAAACUUUUUUUGAAAUAAUCCAAUAUCUCAUAGAUAUUUAAACAUUAACGUGUAUGGCACUUUCAGAAAAUUUCAAGUCAAGUCAACUAAUGUAAAAAACAAAUUCAAUUUUUAACUUGCAAUAAUUUUAAACUAUCUUUUUUCCUGACAAUAAAUAAAAAUUUA